AUGGGCCUCUGUGCCUCCAGCGACACGGCAGCGCUGGUGGUGAACUCCGUCCGGCAGCUGGAACAAGUCUCCGAGGCCACGGACUCCGACCUCCCGCACCGCCUCGCUCGGGAUGGCAGGAUACUGGCGGACUUUGCCCUGUUCCUGCACGAGAAAGGGCGCAGCGAGGAGUUGCUGGAUCUGUGGGCCUUGGACCUUGCCCGGGCAGCAGACUGGAACUAUUUGCACCCACCCGAAAAUGGCUCUUCGUCGUUCACGCUGCGACGGGACACCCGCCGCCUUGUGAUGGAUGACUGCUGCAAGCUGGUAAACGGCCUAGAGGCUGCAUGGCAGGAGUACCAAGUGUCGGCAGAGGGCUUGGGCAACUUCGACGAUACGCGAGAGUGGCUGCCGCACGAUUUUCCAAGCGAUACCAUCCUCGACGAAAUUCGCCACGAGCAUGACGAUAGCUGCGAUGUGACCGUCAGCAAGGAGCACAGCAAUUACAAUUUCUCCAUCAUGGCGAUGGUCGGAAUACAUGUGAGCGUUGUUUGCUCCGACUUGAUCACCACUUGGGCUACCAAUGCAGCCGGUGGCCGGGACGAGUGCCGGGCGGCCUUCGAGACGCGGCUGCCAAUGCUGAGCUAUUCCGACUGUACUCGGGACCAUAUUCGCGUUUUUCCUGUGCCACCUAGUGGCUCUGCAUACAGCCCGCAGACGUGCUUGGAGCACUCCUUCGAAAUAGAAGAGUUUGCCCCCAGACUCUUCGCGGAGGUCCGGUGUGCCUGCGGCAUCUCCAGUGAGUCCUACUGUCUCUCCGUUUGUCGGACGGACUUCGAGUUCAUUGAGUUUGGUACUAACUCCAAGAGCGGCGAGCUCUUCUUCUUUACGUAUGAUCACCAGUAUUUGCUGAAGAGCACUUCGGAGCUCGAGGCACAGACGCUGAUUCGCAUGCUGCCGCGGUACUUGCAAAGGCUGGAGGAGGAGCCUCGGUCCAUCCUGGGACGAUACUUGGGCCUCUACCGUGUCAGCAUGGAGGGGCAUCCGCCUCGUCUGUUUUUCGUUAUGCGGUCCGUGACGACGCAUACGCUUGGAAUCUCGCACACGUACGACAUCAAGGGGAGCACCCGAAAUCGCAUCUCAGAUCCUGAAGACAACGUCGGCAAGGACGUGAACUUCGAUGAGGAAAUGGGAACUUCGCUGGACCUUCCACAAGCUAUUGCGGCGGAGGUUGCAGCCGUUCACCAGACUGACGUCGAGUUGCUCCAGGACUUUCGCAUCAUGGAUUUUUCCUUGCUUCUACAGAUCCAUGACAGAACGGAUGGAGUGUUCGAGCAGAGGCGUCACGAGUGCGCGGUCAGGCUACGGGAGAUCAAGCAAAAGCAGAGGUUUUCGUUUCGCCGCAUCCCGUCACGACGAACUCGAGCUCUGCCCAGCCUGAUCGGGAGCACAGGCAUGGCCAGGACAGAAGGGCUCAGCCAUGGCCCAGAGGUCCAUGUCCGAAUGGGCGGACCCCGACGAACAUGGACGUGGCAAGGCACUGUUUCGCAGCUUUUCAGAAACGACGCGGCGCCGUCAAUCACGCCCGCUCCGAACAACUGGCUGCCGAGCGACGGCACCCUGGUGCGGCGAGAUGGCUCCAUGGUGUACACGAUGGGCCUCAUAGACAUGCUCGUGCCAUUCAGCGCGUAUCCAAAGAUGCAAUACGUGGGCAUGGAAGUCAUAACGUGCGGAAAUGGCUUUGCGAGCAGCCGUGUGCCUCCAGACUUCUACUGCGAGAGGCAAAUUGAGAAGGUGCACGCCAUGUGCGAGCAGGUGAAGCCAAACCAGCUGGAAAGGCGGGAUUGA